ACUAAAUAUUGAUUAUUAUGGGUAAAAUCAUCUUAGAAUUAUAAAUCAUACAGAAAAUUUAAUUCAUGUUGUUUAUCCGUUUGGGACAACUGGUUUUUUAGCUCAGAAUAGGAUAUAACUAACAAUUUGAACCCAUUUUAUUUGGCGUGUCAUAUAUUCAGUUCUUUAAAUUUACAGAAUGACGUCACUUCCUUGCUGAUCAAAAACAAGGAAAAUAUUUUGAAACUUGUAGUUUUCAUGUAAUAUUGUGCCUCCUGUAGGAUGGGAGGUUGUAUAGGGUCCAACAGGAAUAACUCUGGGGGUCAUCGUGACAGUUCAGAUGGUGCAGCACAAGUAUCAAUAGGCAGAAAUCAGCCUUUAAAGCCAGAAAAGCCAAAAUGGAAAAGUGAUAUUCCCCUCACAGAAGGACAAUUGAGAAGUAAACGGGAUGAAUUUUGGGAUACAUCUCCAGCCUUUGAAGGACGAAAAGAGAUCUGGGAUGCUUUGAAAGCUGCUGCAUAUGCCCUGGAAACUGGGGACCACACGCUUGCUCAAGCUAUAGUAGAUGGAGCGAACAUUGCAUUGCCAAAUGGCAACCUUAUGGACUGUUAUGAUGAGUUAGGGAAUAGAUAUCAGCUGCCAGUAUAUGUACUUAGUUCCCCCACCAACCUUAUUGAUGAUAAAUCAGAAUCCGAUAGCCUCGGAGACUUGGACAAUACAUCUCCUGGGGUGGAAAUUCCACUAAAAUUCCGUCUUUCUACAGGAAAGGAUAUUAAACUGAUAACAAGGUCGACAGAGACAGUUUUCCGUGUUAAGAAACGGAUUAUGGAACAAGAGGGCAUAGACUCAUCCAGACAAAGAUGGUUCUUCUCAGGACGGUUAUUAAGUGACAAAAUGAGAAUCGAAGAUGCAAAAAUCCCGAAAGGAUUUGUUGUACAGGUUAUAAUAUCGCCUGAGAAUCCAAUAGCAGCGGAUAGUUGAAACAAAGUGUGCAGUAUAGAAAAUUAUCAUUUAUAAUUAAUAUAAUACGAAAUAAGUUUAUUUUAUUGUGAUAACUUUUAUAAACAUUUAUAAAAGGGGCUCAAAAAUCAGAAUGUCCCUGAACUAGUAUGGACUAGUUUCAAAUGUUGCUCGCAAAAAUGGGCUCAGUUGUAAGUCAUUAAAUUUUUAUUUUGGGGGAAAAUUUGUACAAUAUUAUUGAAUAUUACUCUUUAGACACAGUAAGAUUGUGAUAGAAAUGCCAAUUAUAUAUUGUAUAUCCUGUAUAUAUAUAAUAACCAUUAUAAUAUAGUGUAUUUUAGAGAUGUUCUCUUAAAGCAUAUAUCCAGGAAUACAGAAUUGCAAAUUUCCCACAGUUCUUUUCACAUGAAGGACAUUUGAAAAAAUUAUGUUUCAUCUUGUCAAAAAUCUGCACCCUGCCAAAAGUGUGAGAUAUCGAAACAUUUUUACCAAAAAAGGUAAAUUCAGGAUGUGUCACCCAGUUGAGAAAAAUCCUGGGGAGAUCAUUGGAUACUUAAAAAAUAAUGACUCAAAAUUUUAAAAUCUAUCAUUUUUGCCUGGAGAUGUACUAUUCUGGUGUAUAGUAUUAUAAUAUUGUAUCAUAUCCAUAAGAAACACACUGUGGUAUACUCUGUAUAAUAAACCACCCUUUGACACUAAUAUAAAAUUAGACCCUCGAUUUCCACUUUUUACAAAUCUCAAACACCACUACAGUAAAACCUCUAUAUAGUGAACACUUGUGGAGUCAGAAAAAGGUGUUCAAUGUAGGUAAGUAUUCAUUAUAGAGAUUUGAUUUUAUACAAGAGGCCAUGUAAAAUGUUUCAUCAAGUGAUGUU